CAUAAUUUUCUCAACUCUUCUAUUUCUCUGUUUCUUCCAAAUUAAAACCAAUCAUCUUCUUUAAUCAAAUUUUCAAAUGGUAUAGUUGCUGUAAAUUAAAGUAUAUCUAUAACCAACAAGGCAACAAUGGAGCAAACUGUUCUUGAUCAAACAAUGGCUACUCCUAACCAACCUGCCUCUGUCCGAGAAGCAGAUACCGGUGGUCAACUUGUCUCUGGCCGAGAAACAGCUACCGCUGGACAAGCUGAAAAUGCCCGAAAGAGGAAGGACGUUCAAUCAAGAUCAGUUGUUUGGGAUCAUUUUGAGACCAUCAAAAAUUCAAACGGGAUUAUCUUUCAAGCUAAGUGUCUCUAUUGUGCUCGUAUUUACAAUUGUCAAGCUAAGAAAAAUGGCACUUCUACAUUGAGAAAUGAUAUGCUUAGGUGUUUGAAACAUCCACAUAGUAUUCAAACUAGGCAAACACUUUUAGCUUUGCAACCUGUUAUAAAUGUGAGGAAAGAGGGUAUAAUUGAUAUGGUUGAUGUUGCUACUUGGAAAUUUGAUCAACAAGCUAUAAGGUUAUCACUUGCAUAUAUGAUAAUUACUGACGAAUUACCAUUUAGAUUUGUCGAGGGACAGGGGUUUAAGAGAUUAAUGUUGACUGCAUGUCCUAUGUUUAAAAUACCAUCUAGAUGGACCGUGAGUAGAGAUUGUUAAAACAUGUAUGUUGAUGAGAGGCUGAAAUUGAAAAAUUUCUUUAAAGCACACACACAAAGGGUUAGUCUUACUACUGAUGGUUGGACCUCUAUUCAAAGAAUCAAUUACAUGUGUAUCACCGCUCAUUUCAUAGAUGAUAAUUGGAAUUUGCAUAAGAAGAUAAUAUCUUUUGUUCCCGUUUCUAGGCAUAGAGGUGAGUAUCUAUCUAAGGCUUUAGAGAAUUGCUUACUUGAGUGGGGGCUUAAAAAUAUUUUCUCCGUCACAGUUGAUAAUGCUUCUUCUAAUGAUUCUGCCAUGGGUUUCUUUAAAAAAAACUUUUAAGUUGGGGUUGCACUCCUAUUAGAUGCAAAUAUGCUCAUAUGAGGUGUAUAGCUCAUAUACUUAACAUGGUAGUUAGUGAGGGAUUAAAAGAGUCUAAUUCUUCUGUUAGAAAGGUUAGGGAAAUAGUAAGAUACAUUAGGAACUCACCUCUUCGGUUGAGCAAGUUUAAGGAUGCAUGUGAUUUAGUUGGUAUUGAAUCUAAAGCUUCUUUGACUCUUGAUGUGACAACAAGAUGGAAUGCUACCUAUCUAAUGUUAUUCAGUGCAUGCAUUUUUGAGAAGGCUUUUGAGAAAUAUGAUGAACAAGAGUCAUCAUUUAGGAAAGACUUGGGUGACGCUGUCCCUAAUUCUAAGGAUUGGGAUUCUGUUAAGCAAUUAGUUGUUAUAUUGGAGAAGUUUUAUAGAAUGACUCUGAGAAUUUCUAGAUGUUUAUAUGUGACUUCCAAUUCUUUUUUUCAUGAAAUUUCUGACUUGUGUUGUCUUUUAAAAGAUAUGACAGUUAGUAAGGAUUUAAUAUUGAGGGAUAUGGGUUUGAAUAUGAAAUGCAAGUUUGAUAAGUAUUGGGGUGAUCCACUUAAGAUGAACAACUUGAUUUUCAUUGCUAAUAUUUUUAAUCCUAUAGAUAGGGUGGAAUAUAUGGAAUUUACUUUAAUUGAAAUAUAUGGAACUGGAAUUGGUGGAAACUUGUAUCGUUCUGUUAUUUCCGACCUUCAUGAGCUGUUUGAUGAUUAUAUGAUGGUGUAUACGCCACGAACUGAUUUCAAUUCUCGAAGCAACUUCUCCGUAGAGACUAUUAGCCAAUCAAGUGUUGUCUCUUCCCAACCAAUGUCUAUGUUGAAAGCUAAAUUCAAACAACAAAAGUUCGAGACAGGUUUGGUAGGAAGUAAGAAAUCUGAAUUGGAAUUGUACCUCAAUGAGGCAAUAGUUGAAGAGGAAGGAGAUUUCGAUAUUUUGAGAUGGUGGAAGCUUAAUUCUGAAAGAUUACCUAUCCUGUCUAGACUUGCACGCGAUGUAGUUGCAAUACCGGUCUCCACAGUUGCUUCUGAGUCCGCUUUUAGCACUAGCGGAAGAGUACUUGACGCCUUUAGAAGUUCGUUGACUCCGAAAAUCGUAGAAGCUUUAGUUUGUUGUCAAGAUUGGCUUAGAGACUCUAAUAAGCCAAUACAAAUUGAGGAGAUUCUUGGGGAGAUGGAAGAUUUUGAGCAAGGUUUGGCAGCAGUGGGCAAUGGACCAGCAAUUCAACAAUAGCAUAAAAUGGAUGACAACAUUUUUUGGCGGGACAAAGUGGAAUACUAUCCUGAUUUUUGCUUUUUGUGAAGAAUUUUUUGUGUAAACAGCAUAGUGCUUUUAGGCAAUAUAUAUAUGGCUGUAUAUAUAGGUAGUUUAUUGCAAAGUGCAAUUUUUGUUAAAUUGAUACUCACAAUUUAUAAUAUAGUUAUGACUUUUAAA